CGCCGCAAGAUCAAGAUUGAGUACAUUGAAGACAAGAACCGUCGUCACAUCACAUUCUCCAAGCGUAAGGCCGGUAUCAUGAAAAAGGCCUAUGAAUUGAGUACCUUGACUGGAACUCAAGUUCUGUUACUGGUUGUUUCUGAAACCGGUCUUGUCUACACCUUUACUACAGUCAAACUCCAACCUAUUGUCACCAAACCUGAAGGCAAGAACUUGAUUCAGGCCUGUUUGAAUGCACCAGAU